AUGGCGAAACGUUCCCAACAAACUCAGCACGAAUCGAGCGAUGACGAGGCGCCCGAGGCUGUAUCCUUCGACUCCUCAAAGAAAACUGCGAAGGGCGAACAAAACGUCCUCAAAAAACACCAUGCCGUGCUGAAACGAAAGAAAAAGGACAAGAACAGAGCGCAUGACAGGGCUUUGAAGGAGCGCUCGGCUAGUAUAAGGGGCAAGGGCAAGGAGACGGACCGUCCGGCCGCAAGUCGCAGGCAGUCAAGGCAGACUGAAGCGGAAGUGUCGGAGGACGAGGACAGCGACCUUGACGACCCAGAAGCUGGAAGUGACGGUGUUGGUGGCCGGAGCAAGGAGGAGCUGGAGGCCCGGAUGGCUCGCGCGAUGGCUGAGGCGGAGGACGAGUCCGAGGCCGAAGAUGACGACGAGGAAUCUGCGGGAUCCGAGUCUGACGUGCAGAUGGAGGGUGAAGGUUUCGAUGAAGAGGUUCCAUCCUUGGACGAGGAAAUGAGCAGCGCAGGAGAUGAUAGCGAAGAGGAGGGCGAGAAUGAAGAAGCUGGAGAGGGAGAUGAGGAUGAGGCUAUGGGAUCCGACGAAGGGGAAGAUGAGGACGAGGACGAAGAAGACGAUCUAAGCGAGGAUCCCCCCUUAGCAAAAUCGUCAGGGAAAGCGAAUUACCUCCCCGAGCACCUGUUCAAAGUCGCACUGUCUAAUGCGGGCAAGAAAAUCGUCUUCGAUGAAGACUGCUGCCUCACCACCCGCAAACAGUCCUCUCCAUCUCGUAAACGGAAGCGGACGGAGCGCUCCUCAAGAGAUAUCUUGCUCGGAUCACGCACAAUCCGCACACUACCGAAACCUACGACCGUUGCCUCUCCCUUCGCUGCUAAGGGCCUGGCACCCUCACGACGAGUGACCAAGUUCGUGAAGACCAGUCUGAACUUGAAGGGCGACGCUGCCAAGUCGAAAUCGAAAGGCUGGAGUCGAAGGCCAGCUAACCUUGGCGUUAUGAAGAGAAGUGGGCCCGCGGCCAACUUCGUCCGUGAUUCAUGA